UUUGUCAUUAACGUGCUGCUGCACUUCCAGUCCACGCUAGCACCACACGUGAAAGAGGAGCGGACCAUGCUGGAAGACACCAAGGCGGCCCUGUUGGACUUGGACAAAGUCACUGUGUUCUUCAGGCAACUGGAGGAUGAGUGUCUAGUCGCAAACACGCCAGUGUGUUACCAGGUGGAGGGCAGCCGCCAGGCCUUGAGGGUCACCCUGUACCUGGACAGUUGUCACUUCAGUGAGCUGCCCAGUCGUCUACAAAAUGGAGGCAGCCUCAAGCUCCACACCGUCCUCUUCACCAGGGCACUGGAGCGUCCAGAGGGAGUAUCCCAGCAGGACUACGCAGCCAUGGAGGAUUUCCAGCAGCGCACCAACGCUGUCUCACUAGAGAAGGUCAAGGCCUACUACCGCAGACUCAGGGCUUUCUAUUUGGAGAAGUCUAAUCUCCCUACAGACUCAAACACCACAGCAAUGAAGAUAGACCAGCUGCUGCGACCCCUCAACACAUUGGACGAUCUUUGUCGACUAAUGCAGUCCUACGUCAACGUGCGCUCGAGUGCCCAAGGCCACCCAUCAGGUGUCAGCGUGCUGUGUGUGUCCUCUGAGCUGUGUAACCGCCUGGGAGCCUGCCACAUCACCAUGUGUGGUACAGGCAUGCAGAGAUGUACCCUAAAUGUGACACUGGAGCAGGCAAUGAUCUUAGCCAGAAACCACGGUCUCAUGCCGCGCUGCAUCAUGCAGACCAUGGAUAUAAUGCGCAAACAGGGGGCAAGAGUUGAGCUCUCUGCUAAAAAUCUCAAGGUAAUGGACCAGAUGACUCCUUCAUUCCCAAGGCUCUUCAAGCUGUGUUUGCCACCCUCAGAUGGAGAUCUCUAAGAAAACUCAUCAGAGAAAGGGCGAAAGAUAGGAUGAGAGAUGACAAUAACAAACCAGAGCGAGUCUUACCGCUUUCUUUCCAAGAGACACUCCCAAUGGAAAGACCCUUCCCCCUCCCACUGCCCCACAUACACAGGGAUUACUCCACCAUGGAUACCACUAGAGUCUUCAGCGCAAAGUACAGGCUAAACAAGACUGUACAAAUAACAGUUACCAGGGAGCACCUGAAGCUCAAGAUCAGUCAUGUACUGUUAUACUGGGAAGCCACCCAGAUAGAAGUAUUAUUGCUUUGGUUGUCUGUCUACACAGCUGACAUGUAUGACUUAACAAAUGGUGCAAACUAUAUUCACAACAUAAGUGAAAGGGAGAUGUCAGUUUGAUGCCUCAUACAGAAGACAUCCACAGUGAUCGUGCUCCUAACGGAGCGCUUAUUAUUAACUGGAUUAACCAAACUACCUAUACCUGACUGUCAUCCUAAAUGCAGAUGUUUAUCUGUUUUGCCUUGGACUGCAACUCCAGAGAGCUGUCUCUUUAAUCGGGUUGGGCUGGUGUUCCCCAGGGCUCAAUGUUCGGAACCCAAGUAAAGUAGAAUACUUGAAAACCUUGGUAUUCAUGUAUGUUGGCUAGCUGAAUAGAUGCAGAAAGUCAAAGAAUAGACAGAGGAAUGGAAGUAGGGAUUGAGGGACAGAUGGAAAGACUGAUGUUAGCCGGGGCUGCUCUUUCUUCAGCCAUUUGCAUGUGGUUACUGUGCAAUUACUGUAGGUUUAGUGUGAGUACUGUAUUACUGCACUAUAUGAAGGAUAGUUAUUUAUUGUGUCCAGAAUGAGCAUUUUUAUCCCUCACUUAUCCUAUAUCAGGUAUUAACGAAUAUCAACGCAUUCCAGCCUACGUAUUGAACAGUAUUUAAAGGACCAAUGGCAUGCCAUUUUUUUAGACGUAACUGCUUGUGUAUUUUAUUUAUAUGUGUGGACUUUGAUCCCGUCAGGAAGUGUUACAUUGAUCUUCACGGAGAGCAAGGAAGGGAAGAUGAACAGAAGCUUUCUAAUUAGAAUCAGGACAAAGGAAGCUAAAGCAAACCAUACAAGGCUGCUUGUCCAAAAGCAGCCAAGUCAACAGAUUGUUAAAUUAUUAAUAUAUUAAUUCAAAUGUACUAGUUGUAAUUCCUUCUGUUAACUAAGUCAUUUUGAUUUUUAAAUUGGUUUUUACAUUGUCUUGGAACUGUUGUAUUUACUGUAGGUAUUAAAAGGAGCACAAUGAUUGGUCCAUUCAAUUUGCAGUGUUAGCAAAAAGUACUGUAAGCAGUUUGUGGAUGACAUAAACAAAGGGAUCGUUUCAGGAUUGAAACACAGUAACAUUAUUUUACUGAAGAUUUUAAUUUCUUGUACAUACAAACUGUAACCAUGUCAGAGAAAAAAAGAUAGGAUAUGUCGGAGUAAUGCUAUAAAUUAAAUUUGAUUAUUUUUAUGGAGAUAAUAUAGUAUAUAAAACAUUUUUAUUCAUGACCUCACUGAUAACUUGUUGUUUUUGACUGUUAAAAACGUCUGACGUGCAUUUCAUGAAUCUGUCUCGACAAGCUGCAUUCAUUAGCCAGGUCACUUAGUCCUUUUUAUUUAUUUAAAAGCAGCCUGGUUCCAAAUGAGCAUGUUGGAAUAGUCUCAACAUCUCUGCACUUGCAUGGCCACUGUAAAUUCACAUCCCUCGGUUUGCAUAUAAGACUCAGCGGAUAUCUGCAUUGUUAUCAUUUCCCUCAUUCAAUUUUCUCAUAAUCUGAGCAGUGUACAUUGUAUAUAAACUCAGAAUGGAUCAAUAUUGACCAUACUCUGGUUUUAAGUGCAUUGCCAGUUUUAAUUAGCUAAUGACUGCAGCAUGUUGGUGUAGCUGGACAAACAAAUAUGUCACUGAUUACACAUUUAUUUACAUUAUUCUAAUGUUUUUGUAUAUACUUUAUUUGCAAUUUUAAGUUGCUUGAAAAUAACUGUACAAAGGGUCUUUGUUGAAUCUUUCUAAAAUUAUCAUUGUAAAUGCAUCUUAACAAGCUAGUAAAUAAAAUGUUCACAGUA